GUUCGGUGGGGCGGGGUCCGGGGAUAGAAGCGGGGCGCAGGCCCGAGCGGCCGUUGGCCGCCGCUCCCGGGCACCUGAUGGCGGACCGGUGGUGGGGGGAAACGGGCGGUGGAACUGCUGCUGGAGGCCCCGAUAAAACACGAAGACAAGUUCUGAUACACUCUGAUGAUGGCAAGUCAGCUUUUUAAGAAACUUACUCUGUUUGGCAGCAAACAUCGAGUCAAGGUGUUAGCUGUUUCCUGUGGAGGAUUAUUUGCUGCCAAUGCUUUCUGUCAUGUAUUUCCCCAACGGACGUAUGGAAAAUUGUAUCAAGCUUGGUCAAAGGGAGUACCUGCUGAACUUCCAGACAAGUUGCAAGAUACUUUCCAAGAGGUGCUUAAGGAUGCUGGAGUAGAGUCCACACAGAAUUAUACAGCCUUUGCUGCCUUCAGCUUUCAGCCUGUGAGUGCAGGUGUUCCCUGGCUGCCUUGUGGGACACUGAUUGGCAUCCCUGUCAACUUCAACAGCACAGGUGAAGAUGGGCAAGGAAUAACCAAUCGAAUUGUCAUGAUUAAUGGCAGAGACAUCAAGUGGGACAGCGAGGUGGGAAAAUCUCUCAGAGAAUCCCUCACCUUUUCAUCUGAUGCGCAGAAGUUUGCCAUUGCAAGAGAGGUUAUGUACUUGCAAAGUAAUGGCCCUGUCCUUCAAUCCGUGGUAGCACCAGCCUGUUUAGCAGGCACGUACAUGACUGGUUUGGCAGCAAAGCAAGCCCUUGGGCUUUACUCCGGCCCCUUUUUAUUACGAGCCUUUUUUAACCUGGCUGCGGCAGCGACGGGUUUUGUGGGUUAUUUUAUUUUUUCUGAUGCAGUUAGUCACUGGCUUGACUACAGAUCAGACCACUGGACAGCUACGAUAUCAAAGAGUUACGCCAAGGGAGGCAUUGAGUUUUAUGAUAAAAUUCUUGCACGAAAUCGAACUUUUCGUUCCCUUCUAGGCAAAAGGGGAAUGGAAAUGUAUGCAACAAAUGGAAACCUUUUCCCAAAGCAUUGGUUCAGACUAAAACAUGCUCCUUACACCGCCAGGAAGGAGAUGAUUGAAAACACCCUGAAGGAUUGCUGGAUGUGAAAUUGAAUUGAUGGUAUUUAUUUGCAUGCCUCCAUGAGUCACGUGAACAGUUUCACUUGACUCUCAUCCCAAUUUUGUGUUUCACUGAACCACUUUGACCUCAGCUUUCUGUGAGAACCAUCUCUACUACCUCCCAUCAUUACAGAAAGACAAUUAUGAAUUAAAAACUGUUAAACAGAGCUAAAAUGAAAUAUGUCAAUGUUGGUUAUAAUAAUGUCAAAAAUCAAAGAUGUCCUCAACUUGCUUUUCAGUUGCUAGUAUUUCUAAAGCCUAAGCCAUGCAGGGCUGAAUUCUUGUUCAUUGACAAAAAUGCCAAAACACAUAUUGGGUUUCGUGAAAAUUGAAUGUAAAAUAUACAGAAAUAUAGAAGUUGAUUAUCUGAUAUCCUGAAGUUUUUGUCUGAUUAUGGAGAAAAAAUAUUCAGUUCCAUUUUAAUUUUGAUUGUUCACAAGUAGGCACAUCCAUGAUGUUAUGGAAAUUAUGUAGCCUAUUAGAACUUGUUAACUCAGUCCAGUUUUGCUUGUUUUCUUAUGUUGACUAGUGAGAACAUUUUUUUUGGAGGAGGAAAUUGAGAUGAUUGAAGUGUUUAAAGUUGAGUAAAAGCAUAAAUAGGCAGAUGAAUUGAAUUUAAAGGUCAGACUUUUUUCACUAUUCACUAUAAAAGUCACAAUAACCCUGAUUUCUGGUUAGUAGUGGGCAAAAACAGGGAUGGAAAAUCUCUGCCUCCCUCCAUUGGUGAUGUACCAACCGCAGUCAGUGGCCCAGAUUUCCCCCAGAAAUGUCUCCAGUGGUGUGAGUCUGCACAUUAAAGAUUUGACUUAUCACAGCUGUCACAUUGAAACGUUGGUAAUGGAUGGCGGCCUAAAUUAUCUGUGUUUAAAAGAAGAAUUUUGGAGUUUGCUUCUCCAGUCCACAGGCUACUUUUUAUUCCAGGUUUCAGAUAACAACCUAGUGCAUUCAGUCACGGAGCUCAUUGGUGUGGAAAAUGCAUGGGUACAAAGUUGAUUAAUUACACUAACAAGAUGUUACAGAACUUACGUUUUACCAACAGAUUUAAAAAGAGUCACUGUCAAUAAAUAUUCAUGAAGAAAUAUAUCUCUAAAGCACUGCAAACUGGAAGGUUGACCAUCUAUACUUACGUAUGGCUCUGUCUCCCAGAGGUCAUCCAGAAACAAAGAUCUGAAAUUCCAGGUGGGGAGCUGUGCCAGACUUGUGCCUGCAUUUGCACCCGCUAAUGUUCUCCAGACCUCAAAUGGUCAGAAAUUUGUGUAGCUCAUGUGAAUAAAAUUUAUGGAUAGGGCUGGCAUUUUGUACAAAAAUGGAGAACAUAGAAGCUGGAGCAGAGUAGGCCUCAUACCUGAUCGAAUAAGAUGAUGUCUAAUCUUUUACCUCAGUCCCACUUUCCCAAUCUUCCACCGUAUCUCUUUUGAUUGUUAUGGACUCAGUGAAAGUCCCUUUAAGAUAGAGAGUGUGUGUGUAUGUGUGUGUGGGGCGUGCUUACGUCAAUAGAAAAAGGACGUAAUGACGUUGUUGAAGAAGUUAGAAGAAGAAGGAGGGAGAGAGAGAGAGAAGGGAGAGAGACACCCGCCUGCUAGUUUUCUCUAUCGAUGCAUGAGAAACAAUAACUGUCUGCCACUGAAAUCCAUGUAUGGAACUUGGAAGUAAUCCGGUGGAGUUCACUUUGUUGCUGACCUGUAGAAGGAAACAGGUAUUUGUGUGUGGACGACCACGAUUCAGAUGCUUUUCGGGGUGAGGAAGUCACUACCGAGUAAACACUGAAGUGUCGCUUGGGUUCCAUCGUGGAACAUUUGGAUCUCGUAUUUACUCUCCCUAUGUUUCUCUACAUCUACGUCUUAUCUUCAGACAACGGUGGUUGUUGAAGAAGCCCUUGCUCAUGUUUCACCUUAUGGCUUGCGGAACUGAACUUUAAGAACCAUUCCUGAACUUGGAGUUUGGGACUUUGUCACACACACACGACGAGUUUAGUUUUGGGGUUAACGUUCAAGGUUUAACAUUUUUGAAUUCUAACAUACUAACAUUUUUACUUUUAUUUUACGUAUUAUUAUAAGUAGUGACUAAUAAAAUAGUUUUUAACACUGAAUCAUGCUCAGUGUGUUUCGUUUGUUGCUGGUUCGUGACAAAAUUGGGGGCUCGUCCAGGAUAGUUCCCAAGGUUAACGAGAUUCGUCCGGGAUCCAAUCCAAAGAUUAACGAGUGUCGUCUGGGAUCGUUCCCCAGAUUGACAAGAUUUGUUCGGGAUUCAAUCCAAAGAUUGUUGAGGGAGGUCUGAUAAAUUCUUUCUAAUUGGCUUGUGUGUGUGGAAACCAGCAGCAAUGGAUAUUAAGGCAUUUUUGGAGUCACCAACCCUACAGGGAUUGGAGAUGGUGAAAAAGGAUGAUUUGAUAAAGAUUGCUACAAAGCUAAACCUUACAGAAGUAAAGCAGUCUAUGAGAAAAGCAGUUAUUCAUAGAAUGAUAGUUGACUAUUAUUUGGAGAAGGAAGUGUUUGAGUUGAGUGAGGUAGUUGAGUUUCCUGAGAGUAAAUCAGUAAUUUCUGAUGUGACUUUUCAACCAGUGGAGUUGGAGGAUCUGGAGGAGGAAGAAUUAGAACAGUUAGAAGAGUUUUCUGGGGGUGAGUCAGAGAGACCUGUUAGACAGGUGCAGAUAGCAAAGAUGGAGUUAGAACAAACGCGACUGAAGGUGGAGUUGGGGCAAAAGAGAUUAGAGGCUGAACGAGAGCAAACCCAGUUGAAGUUAGAGGCCGAACAAAAGAUAACUCAGAUGAAGUUAGAGGCUGAACGGGAACGAGAGCUAACUCGGAUGAAGAUAGAGGCUGAUCUAGCAAUGAAGCAGAUGGAAUUGAAGAGGAUGGAGCUGGAUAGUGAGGAGAAGGAGAAACAGAGGCAGCAUGAUUUACAAAUGAUGCAAAAGAGUGUGGAAUCUGAUUCUGAUGAUGGUUUUUCAGCCAGCAGGGAGGUUCGAUUAGUCCCUUCUUUUGAGGAAGAUCAGGUUGAUCAGUAUUUCCAACAUUUUGAAAAGGUUGCUGUGAGUUCAAACUGGCCAAAGGAAGGAUGGGCUCUUAUGGUACAGAGUGUGAUUAAAGGUAAAGCUCAAAAAGCUUAUUCUGCUUUGUCUGUUGAGGAUGCAGCUGAUUAUACCAAGGUAAAACAAGCUAUAUUGAAGGCCUAUGAAUUGGUACCUGAAGCUUAUAGACAAAAAUUCAGAGACUUGAGGAAAUCUGCAGAUCAGACUUAUAUGGAAUUUGCCAAUGGAAAGAGAAUAUGUUUUGAACGAUGGUACAUGGCUAAAAAUGUAGAUGGGGAUUUUGAUAAAUUGAAAGAAUUGAUACUAGUGGAAGACUUUAAAAGAUGUGUUCCAGCUGAGAUAACUACAUAUUUAAAUGAAAAGUGUUACAGACUCAGUGAAAGUCCCUUUAAGAUAGAGAGUAUGUGUGUGUGGGGCGUGCUUACGUCAAUAGAAGAUAAAGGACGUAAUGACGUUGUUGAAGAAGUAAGAAGAAGAAGAAGGAGAGAGAGAGAGAAGGGAGAGAGACACCAGCCUGCUUGUUUUCUCUAUCGAUGGAUGAGAAACAAUAACUGUGUUUGCCACUGAAAUCCAUGUAUGGAAGUUGGAAGUAAUCCGGUGGAGUUCACUUUGUUGCUGACCUGUAGAAGGAAACAGGUAUUUGUGUGUGGACGACCACAGUUCGGAUGCUUUUCGGGGUGAGAAAGUCACUACCGAGUAAACACUGAAGUGUCGUUUGGGUUCCAUCGUGGAACAUUUGGAUUUCGUAUGUACUCUCUCUAUGUUUUUCUACAUCUACGUCUUAUCUUCAGACAACGGUGGUUGUUGAAGAAGCCCUUGCUCAUGUUUCACCUUAUGGCUUGCGGAACUGAACUUUAAGAACCAUUCCGGAACUGGGAGUUUUGGACUUUGUCACACACACACACGAAGAGUUUAGUUUUGGGGUUAACGUUCGAGGUUUAACAUUUUUUGAAUUCUAACAUACUAACAUUUUUACUUUUAUUUUACGUAUUAUCAUAAGUAGUGAUUAAUAAAAUAGUUUUUAACACUGAAUCAUGCUCAGUGUGUUUCUUUUGUUGCUGGUUUGUGACAAAAUUGGGGGCUCGUCCGGGAUAGUUCCCAAGGUUAACGAGUGUCGUCUGGGAUUGUACCCCAGAUUGACGAGAUUUGUUCGGGAUUCAAUCCAAAGAUUUUUGAGGGAGGUCUGAUAAAUUCUUUUUAAUUGGCUUGUGUGUGUGGAAACCAGCAGCAAUGGAUAUUAAGGCAUUUUUGGAGUCACCAACCCAAAAAGGAUUGGAGGUGGCGAAAAAGGAUGAUUUGAUAAAGAUUGCUACAAGGUUAAACCUUACAGAAGUAAAGCAGUCUAUGAGAAAGGCAGAUAUUCAGAGACUGAUAGCUGGCCAUUAUGUGGAAAAGAAGCUGUUUGAGAAGGAAGUGUUAAAACAGUUUCCUGGCAGUGAAAUAGCAAUUUCUGAGGCACAGGUGCAGCUGGCAAAGAUAGAGGCUGAACGAGAACAAACCCAGUUAAAGAUAGAAGCUGAACGAGAGCAAAAGAGAUCAGAGGCUGAACGGGAAUGAGAGCUAACUCGGAUGAAGUUAGAGGCUGAACGGGAACUAAUUCGGUUAAAGUUUGAGGCAGAGGAGAAGGAAAAACAGAGGCAGCAUGAGUUACAAAUGAAGCGUAGGAGUUUGGAAUCUGAUUCUGAUGAUGGUUUUUCAGCCAGCAGGGAGGUUCGAUUAGUCCCUCCUUUUGAAGAAGAUCAGGUUGAUCAGUAUUUCCAACAUUUUGAAAAGGUUGCUGUGAGUUCAAACUGGCCAAGGAAAGGAUGGGCUCUUAUGGUACAGAGUGUGAUUAAAGGUAAAGCUCAAAAAGCUUAUUCUGCUUUGUCUGCUGAGGAUGCAGCUGAUUAUACCAAGGUAAAACAAGCUAUUUUGAAGGCCUAUGAAUUGGUACCUGAAGCUUAUAGACAAAAAUUUAGAGACUUGAGGAAAUCUGCAGAUCAGACUUAUAUGGAAUUUGCCAAUGGAAAGAGAAUAUGUUUUGAACGAUGGUACAUGGCUAAAAAUGUAGAUGGGGAUUUUGAUAAAUUGACAGAAUUGAUACUGGUGGAAGACUUUAAAAGAUGUGUUCCAGCUGAAUUAACAACAUAUUUAAAUGAAAAGGCAGUGGAAACUUUACAAGAAACUGCUAGGUUGGCAGAUGAUUAUGCUUUAACCCAUAAAUCCAAAUGGGGACAACCUAAAACCUUUCAAAAGAGUACAAAGACAAUCCAGGUAAACCGGAGAUUAAAUUGGGAGGUAAUCAAAAAAGGAAAGGAUGAAAAGAAGCCAGGGCUGGAGAAACCUGUUGAGCGUACUUGUUAUUACUGUAGGAAACCUGGCCACGUGAUAUCUAAUUGUGCCCUUUUGAAGAAAAAGAAGGAAGCUGGGCCCAAUGCUUGCUUUCAGACAAUUAAAAAUCAAAAAGGUUUAGGAGAUGCUGUUAAAGAUCAGUCCUUGCAAGAGGGAAAAGCGGAAAAGUUGGAGGAGGUGAGAAAAGAAUUCUGUUCGUAUGUAUCAGAGGGUUUUGUUUCACUGAAUGAUGAGUCACCCCAGGUGCCAGUGAAAAUUCUUAGAGAUACUGGGGCUAGUCAAUCUCUCUUGCUGGACAGUGUUUUAAAUUUUGGUGAAGAAAGUGACACUGGUGAAGUAAAUCUAAUAUGAGGCGUUACAGAUGACACCAUGUCUGUCCCUUUUCACAGGGUGAUUUUAAAGUCAAAGUUCGUAGAAGGACCAGUCGAGAUAGGGAUAAGACCUAGUUUGCCAGUGGAAGGAGUUUCUUUGUUAUUGGGGAAAUGACCUUGCAGAUGGAGAAAGUGAUCCUGUGGUACGGUUAACGACCAAACCAAGGAUUGAUGAGUCUGAGAAUGAUCCAGAUGUUUACCCAUCAUGUGCGGUGACUCGAGCUAGAGCUAAAGAAUUAGCCAAGACAGACAGUCCGAUGCAGUCUGAUGUGGUUCCUUGUGACAGUCCUAAACAGGAAGAAAAUUAUGAUGCCUUAUCUGAGACUUUUCUGUCUUCACUGGAGGAUCAACAUCCUUAUAGUGAGCCUGAAUUUAAAGAUUUGUCUUUGUCGAGGAAGGAUUUUAUGGUGGAACAGACAAAGGACCCUGAGUUGACAGAAUUGAAAGAAAAAGCUCUCUCAUGUGAGGAGAUUGAAAAAGUGCCAAUUGGAUAUUAUGUCAAAAAUGGAGUUGUUAAGAGAGCAAUGGGUUAAUGAGGAAGUGCACUUGAGUCUGUUGGACUAUGUCCAAAAAUUUAAAACUCGGUUGGAGAGAGUCUGCCAGCUAGCGAGAGAGAAUUUGAAAACCAGCCAGAUAAGAAUGAAGACAUAUUUUGAUAGACGUGCUCGGCCUAGGACAUUUGCAGUGGGGAAAAAGGUGUUGGUAUUUUUCCCUAGCCAAAAUAAUCCCUUGCAAUCUCGUUUUUCUGGACCCUAUGUUAUUGAAUCUCGAGUGACUGAUUUAACAUAUAUAAUCAAAACACCAGAUAGACGCAAGAAAACACAACUCUGUCAUGUAAACAUGCUAAAACCUUGUUAUGAGAGGGAUUCAGUGGUGGCCUUGGUGGAUGAUGUAAAGGUUGUUUCUAGAAUGCCUGAUGUUGAUGUUGAGGAAGGCCAAUUUAGACCAAAUAUUGUUCCAUUAAAACUAAAAAACCAAAAUAUCAUGGAGAACCUUGAAACGAAGUUGGACCAUUUACAAGUUUCACAAAAACAACAGAUGAGAGAAUUAAUUUUAAAAUUUAAAAAUCUGUUCCCAGAUGUUCCAAACAGAACAUCGAUAAUUACCCAUGAUGUUGAUGUUGGGGAUGCAAAACCAAUCAAACAACACCCAUAUCGAAUGAAUGUGGAAAAAAGUAAACUUGUUGAUCAGGAAAUAAAAUACAUGUUGGAGAAUGAUAUUAUUAGACAUUCUACUUCAAAUUGGAGUUCGCCCUGUGUUAUUGUACCUAAACCUGAUGGAACUGUUAGAUUUUGCACAGAUUACAGGAAAGUGAAUGCUGUAACAAAGUCAGAUGCUUACCCUAUUCCUAGGGUGGAUGAUUGCAUAGAUAGAGUGGGAAAGGCAAAAUUUCUUACAAAGAUUGACCUAUUAAAAGGGUACUGGUGUGUUCCAUUAACAGAUAGAGGAAGGGAGAUUUCAGCCUUUGUAACCCCUUCUGGAUUGUAUGAAUACAAUGUUUUGCCAUUUGGAAUGAAAAAUGCUCCGGCAACAUUUCAAAGAAUGAUUAAUUCAGUGAUUCAUGGGUUAAAACAUACAGAUGCCUACAUUGACGACUUAUUGACUGGGAAUGAUACUUGGGAAGAUCACAUAUCUGCGUUAGAAAGGUUGUUUGAAAGACUUUCUGAGGCUAACCCUACAGUUAACUUGGCUAAAAGUGAAUUUGGCCAUGCCACUGUGACGUAUCUUGGUUAUGUUGUAGGUCGAGGCAAGCAAGCUCCUGUUCAGGCAAAAGUUCAAGCAAUAUUUGAGUUCCCUAUUCCCACAGGUACGAGGACUGUUAUAAGAUUUUUGGGAAUGGUUGGAUAUUACCGAAAAUUUUGUAAAAAUUUUGCUGAUAUUGCUCUUCCCCUAACUAAUCUUCUGAAGAAGGGAGUAAAGUUUGUUUGGACAGAUUCUUGUCAAGAAGCAUUUGAGAAGCUGAAAGCCAUUUUAUGCUACCAUCCUGUGCUCAAAACACCUGACUUUGAAAAGCCAUUUUCAUUAGCAGUAGAUGCCAGUGAUGAAGCUGCAGGAGCUGUGUUGUUGCAGAAGGGUGACCUUGAUGAUAUUGACCAUCCUGUAGCUUACUUUUCAAAGAAAUUUAAUGAGCAUCAAAAGAAUUAUUCCACCAUAGAGAAAGAAUUACUGUCGCUUGUUUUAGCCUUGCAACAUUUCAGUGUAUAUGUCUGCACUGCUCAGAAACCAUUGACUGUAUAUACAGAUCAUAACCCAUUGGUGUUUCUGAGCCGAGUCAAAAACAAGAACAGAAGGCUGUUAAACUGGAGUUUAAUUUUGCAAGAGUUUGAUCUCAUGAUAACUCACAUUAAAGGCAAAGAUAAUGUGAUUGCUGAUUAUCUUUCCCGAUGUUAAAUGGGAAACAUGUAGCUGUACUAAUCUGAUAGUCUCUAGUUGUGUAGCAUGAUAAUUAUUAACAUUACUAACUGUAUGCACGGUUAAAAUUUUCUUGGGAAAAUUUUUUUUAGGUGGGAGGUGUUACGGACUCAGUGAAAGUCCCUUUAAGAUAGAGAGUGUGUGUGUAUGUGUGUGUGGGGCGUGCUUACGUCAAUAGAAGAUAAAGGACGUAAUGACGUUGUUGAAGAAGUUAGAAGAAGGAGGGCGAGAGAGAGAGAAGGGAGAGAGACACCAGCCUGCUAGUUUUCUCUAUCGAUGCAUGAGAAACAAUAACUAUGUCUGCCACUGAAAUCCAUGUAUGGAAGUUGGAAGUAAUCCGGUGGAGUUCACUUUGUUGCUGACCUGUAGAAGGAAACAGGUAUUUGUGUGUGAACGACCACGAUUCAGAUGCUUUUCGGGGUGAGGAAGUCACUACCGAGUAAACACUGAAGUGUCGCUUGGGUUCCAUCGUGGAACAUUUGGAUCUCGUAUUUACUCUCCCUAUGUUUCUCUACAUCUACGUCUUAUCUUCAGACAACGGUGGUUGUUGAAGAAGCCCUUGCUCAUGUUUCACCUUAUGGCUUGCGGAACUGAACUUUAAGAACCAUUCCUGAACUUGGAGUUUGGGACUUUGUCACACACACACGACGAGUUUAGUUUUGGGGUUAAUGUUCGAGGUUUAACAUUUUUGAAUUCUAACAUACUAACAUUUUUACUUUUAUUUUACGUAUUAUUAUAAGUAGUGACUAAUAAAAUAGUUUUUAACACUGAA